AGGUGUCUUUACAGCUUUUCUCUUUUUCUUUAUCCUCCCCCUACUCUUUUUUUUUUUUUCUUUUUUUUUUUCAAUGCCAGAAUUAAAGUCAUAUACCAGAGCCGAAGUGGCCAAACAUAACACAGAAGAUGAUCUUUGGUUGAUUAUUGAUGGUGCUGUUUACAACGUAUCCACCUUUGCCCAAUUACAUCCUGGUGGAAGUCAGAUUUUGGUUGAAUUAGGUGGAAAGGAUGUUACUGAGGAUUUCUAUGGUCUUCAUCGUCAAGAAGUACUGGUCAAAUAUGCUCCUCGUAUCAAGAUUGGUGUGAUUGAAGGUGAAGUCUCUCAAGUCAAUAUUCCUGCUCACGGUGAACUUUCUACUGUCCCUUACGCCGAGCCUAGUUUUUGGAUGGGAUUCAAGAGUCCCUAUUUCAAUGACAGUCACACUCACUUCCGUCAAUCCAUUCGUGCUAUUUAUGAUGAGAUCAAGCCCGAAGCUAUCCAAGCUGAAGACCAAGGCACUUAUCCUUCCAAGGAAUUAUAUGCCAAGUUGGGUGAAGCUGGUGUCCUGGCCACACAAAUUGGUCCCGGUCCUUGGCUCAAGGGUUUAAAACUCCCUGGCGGUAUCGAACCCGAGAAGUUUGAUUAUUUCCAUGAGUUGAUUGCUCAUCAAGAGACUGCCAGACUUGGUACACCAGGUUUCUGUGAUGGUAUUUCUUCUGGUUACAGUAUCGGUCUUCCUCCCAUCUUCAACUUUGGUAGCCCUGCUCUCAAGGCCAAGGUGGUACCCGAGGUCCUUCUUGGUAAGAAGCGUAUCUGUUUAGCUAUCACUGAACCUUAUGCUGGUUCUGAUGUUGCUCGUAUUCGCGCUACUGCUACCAGAACAGCUGAUGGUAAGCAUUUCAUCUUAAACGGUGUUAAGAAGUGGAUCACCAAUGGUGUUUUCUGUGAUUACUUUACCGUGGCUGCUACCACUGAAAAGGGUAUGACCAUGUUCUUUGUCGAGCGUGAUGAUAACAUCGAAACCAAGCAAAUCAAGACCUCUUACUCUCCCUCUGCCGGUACAUCUUACAUCACUUUUGAAAAUGUCAAGGUUCCCGCUGAGAACAUUCUUGGUAAGGAAGGUCAAGGUUUCCAAGUUAUCAUGUAUAACUUCAACCACGAACGUUGGUACAUUUGUGGUGCCGUGACAGGUGGCACUCGUGCCAUUAUUGAAGAUUGCUUCAAAUGGGCCAACCAAAGAAAGGUUUUCGGUAAGCGUUUAAUCGAUCAACCUGUGAUCCGUAACAAGCUUGCGGCCAUGGUCGCUCAAUUGGAAGCCGUCGAGAACUGGCUUGAGAACAUUACCUACCAAAUGUGUAACAUGUCUUACGCUGAACAAUCCGUUAAAUUGGCUGGUCCUAUCGCGCUCUUGAAAUACCAAACCACUCGUGUCGCUCAUAACGUCUCUGAUGACGCUUGUCAAAUCUUUGGUGGUCGUGGUAUCACCAAGACUGGUAUGGGUCGUGCUGUUGAAGCCUUCCAGAGAACCUACAAGUUUGGUGCUAUCUUGGGUGGUUCAGAAGAAAUUAUGGCGGAUUUAGGUAUUCGUCAAGCCAUGAAGCAAUUCCCUGCUAAUGCCAGACUUUAAAUCUUUUCCUUUGCCUGCUCUCUCUCUCUCUCUCUCUCUCUUUACCAUAUAUCUACAAAAAAAGGUUGAAUAAUAAUAAAAAAAAAAAUCACUUUGUUCCAAAUU